ACCAAGGCCGGUAAAGAAUUUGGAAUUCCUUUAAUAGUAACUGAACAAUAUCCGGAAAAGUUAGGCAAUACCGUUUGUGAUUUAGAUAUAUCACAUGCCGAAGCGGUUAUAACUAAAACUCAAUUCAGUAUGCUUGUACCGGAAUUGGAAAACAAAAUUAAAGCUAUAUGUGGAGAGAAACCGUGUGAUGUUGUACUGUAUGGAUUAGAGACUCAUGUGUGUGUGGAGCAAACAGCCAUCGAUUUUUUAAACAACGGUAUUAACGUUUAUAUUGUGGCCGACUGUUGUACCUCGCGCUUAAACCAAGAUCGUGAUCUGGCUUUGAAUCGUUUGCGAGAUGCCGGAUGUGUGAUUACAACAAGUGAGAGUAUAAUUUUUAAUUUGCUUCGUGAUAAAAAUAAUCCAAAAUUCGAUACAAUUCGGAAACUAGUCAAUCCUCCUUCCGUAGAUAUGCAAUUGUCAAAAUCUGGAUCGUCUGGUUCUACUACUUCUAAAUUAUAAUUGUUUUAAGAAAGUAUGUAUGUAUGUAUGUAUGUAUAUGGAAAUAUUGAUUUGUUUACAUAUAAAUACUUGUAUGUAUAUGUAUACUAAAUACAUAUAUGAAGCGUGUGUAUAUUUUAAUAGAAUAAAUUGUAAAAAUUAAGCAUACAUAGGCACAUAUUAUAUUUAAAAAAUAUUGUUGGAAUAAAUUUCAUAUACAAGGGGCACUAA